AACAAACAUUGCAUAGGUUGAAUUUUGAAGCCAAGCUACUAAUGUCUUUGUUGUUGUUUGUUUUUCUUCAUUAAGGUCACACAAACAAUAUCGACUCAAUUCAUCCUAUAAAUAGUGUCACAAAAAAUAGGAAGGUAUCCAUACAACUGGAGACCAACGGAAGAAUUACCUACUUGUGAUUAAGUGACUUUUCUAGAUAUGACUGAAAAUAAGGCUGUUAUUAAAAAUGCUGAUAUGACAGAGGAUAUGCAACAAGAUGCUGUCGACUGUUGUACACAAGCCAUGGAGAAAUACAAUAUUGAAAAAGAUAUUGCAGCCUAUGUGAAAAAAGAAUUCGACAAGAAGUACAAUCCUACAUGGCAUUGUAUUGUUGGUAGAAAUUUUGGAAGCUAUGUGACGCAUGAAACCAAACACUUCAUCUAUUUGUAUCUGGGACAGUUAGCAUUCCUACUGUACAAGUCUGGUUAGAUGGAUGUUAGUCAACAGACAGGAUAUGAAGAAACCAAUGGACAUCGUUUCACACAGACACACACACAAACACCACGUAUCAAAAUUUCCAGACACCAAAAUAUCCCCAACUUAUCAGUUACCUUUUUCUUCUUCGCUCAACAGUUUUCAUUUUUUGUAUUCAACUUUUGUCUUUGUAACUUUAUUUUAGUUAAAAGUUGAAAAUAAACUUUGGAUAAAUAAUAAACAGUGAGAGAAAAGAGAGGAUCACCAAGAGAGAGAGAGGGAGGGAGACUGCAGCAACACUGGGACGAGUUUGUUUCUUUCUUUUUCUAAAUGAUUAUGUAUGCACUCAUGAAUUGGUCUGGAUUUAUUUUUGUAUACGUGUGUCUGACUCUUUUAAUAUCCCUCCUACUUAUUCUGGACAUUGAAAUAUGACGAACUUCUAACUUUAGAUACUUGUUGUGGGUGUUUCGCCUCCUUCUGAUAAGAAAAACCAAACCAAAACAACUACUGCAAAAGUAGAUAAUAAAAAUUAUUUACAGAUUUAAAUAAAUAAAAUAUACUGUCGUG